GUCGCGACACAUAAUGUUGAUUUGGUUGCCUUGCAGCGGCUGAACGUUGUUUACCUCAUACAGCAAAAGUUGGACAACGGCGGUCAGCUGAGUGGCUGUGUCAGGCGGCCAUUGCGUGGGUCUUUCAGUGAGGCGGGGUAUUUCAAGACCUCAUCCGCAAGGCAGCCUACGUAAAACAAAAGAGUGUAUGUGAAACCAGCACAUAUCAUCUUUCCAUUCCUACCAGAGUCUCUUGCCGGCUGUUGACUCUCCAAUGUGGCCGUCGAAGCCCAAGUCAGAGGCCAAGUCCUCCAAGCGCCACUCGAAAGAUAGUUGUUCCAGUUUCAAAGUCCCUGCGGCAUUGAGAACUAAUUCACUUCUAAACCUGGUAAAUGUUCCAGCUCCAGAUACCCUUCCUUACCUCGUUGCAUGUAGCUAGGUGACCAUUUGUGAAGCAUGGCAAACUUAUUCCUGCUAUCCACCUCUGGAGCUUAUCGGCUGAUGUCGAAAUCGAUAGAUGAAUCCCUCUCUUCGCGCAAGAUCUAUAGAGUCAUAUUUGGGAGGACUUUGGAGCAACAGAUUUAUCUUUGAUCGAGAGAGUGACUCAAGAAUCCCUCUGCCUCUGUUCUCCGACCUGGAGCAAGAUUCCAACAUUGAGGAGAUUGCGCUCUCAAUCACCAAUCCGAAAUCGCCGAUAUGCUGUUUCACUCCACUUGAGACUAAAAGCCGUCGAGCCAAAGAGACCUCAGGAAUCUAUCAUCCCUUACCUGAGAACAGUACUUUCCGACUACUAGAGAUUCUCGCCGGAGAUGGUGAUGUUGUUCAAUGCAAGCUCCACGUAUGUAGCUUGCAAGAGAACGAGACAGCAUAUGAAGCUCUUUCAUACACUUGGGGAAAGCCAGACUCUUCCAGCGACCAAAAGAUUGAUAUCAUGUGUAACGGCACGAGUCACACUAUGGUUAUCUCUGGUAGUCUGCACAUCGCGUUACGAGAGCUCCGUCGAAACAAUGCCAGCAGAGUGAUAUGGGCCGAUGCCAUCUGUAUCAACCAGGAGGACGUCAAAGAGAGAGGCCAGCAGGUAGCGCUGAUGGGACAGAUAUUCAGUGGCGCCUGGCAGGUGGUUGUAUGGGUCGGUGAGGAGAGUGACCGCUGUAUGUGUGGAAAGACGAUCCUUGAGACAUCUCUUUCUUCGGUCUCAAAAGCCUUUUCAGGAGUAUGCUCAGUCGUCAACGAUUGGCUCGCUCAGGCCGGUCAAGAGACCCUAGAAGCAACUUACUCGAAGGUUUCAAAAGAUGGCCAAUCUACCGUGCAACGCGCCAACACCGACAAUGGUGAAUACAACCGCUCUGCCAUGAUGCAGCUUUUCAGACGGCGUUGGUUCUCUCGUAUUUGGGUCUUGCAAGAAGCUGUCCUAGCCAGGCAUGCACUUGUUCAACUCGGCUUGUACCAGAUCCCGUGGGAGUGGGUUGGGCUCGCAGCAGCUAUAGUGGUUCAUAAGCCGGAGCUGUCACCCAGUGGCUAUGGGCGAGACAUGAUCCCUACCGGAGCGAUGAAUAGUUAUCUCAUGUAUCGACUAUCGAUUUCACAGAAAUGUUUCCCGCGACUAGAAUUCUCGUUUGCACAAUUACUCCAAGUUACUCGACAUUUCCAGAGCAAAGAGCCUAAGGACAAGAUCUAUGGCCUCUUGGGUAUCGAAACAACAGACUCUGUUGGCAAACAGAUCGUCCCAGACUACCGGGAGGUAACUACUUCAGAGAAGGUCUUCGAGGAUAUUGCAAGACUCAUGCUUAAGUCGGCGUCCCCAUUGACGCUUCUUUCGGGAGCUGGGACACUUGGAGACUUUGAUCGCUCAGGGCCAUCGUGGGUGCCAAGCUGGCAUAAGCGCCGGCCAUGGACAAUAUUACCGACCAAGCAAAGCCCAGGCUUCCAAUGCGCAUCUGCUGCUCGAAUGGAACUGAAUCCCGAUGAUAAGGCAGGAGAGCUGGUCCUCAAAGGCGUGAUCAUCGAUCACAUCUCCUCCAUGCAAGAACAUCGUGAUUAUUGGGGCAUCUUUGAUCAAAACGACAAAAGCCGCGAGAAUCUUCUUAGUCAACCGAGAUGGAGCAAAGAAGCGUGGGGAAAAUGUGCCCUGACUUUAACAUGUGGCGGCGAGGGGAGGGCAUAUCCCGUUGAUGACGAGGCUGUGCAUCUCGCUGAUCUGGCUGCUCUGUUACUUUCAAGAAGUGGCCACUGGAUCGUCAGAGAUCUUAUCGCACUGCGAGAUGUUAUCGAGCCAGAAGGCGGUGACAUGACACAAUCCGAGUAUCUCAAUGAGAUCGUUGAAGGCGGGAACUCUCGUCGAUAUAUCAGCGCCGUGGAACCUGUCCGCGAUCCUUACAGGUUGUUUAAGACAGCGUCGAAAGACUUUGGGGUUGGGCCCGUUGAUAUGAAGAUUGGCGAUAAGCUUUGUGUAUUGUUUGGUGCGGAAGUUCCGUUUGUGUUGAGGCCGAAGGGGGAUGGGUACGAGGUAGUCGGGGAGUGCUAUGUCUAUGAUUUGAUGCAUGGCGAGGUUCUCGAGAAACUAGCUGCUAAUCCUGGUGGGCAGUUAAAACCCGAAUGGAUCAAACUCGUGUAGAGUAAUCUCAGCGUGGAGUAUAUUGAGGGAUACAGCGUGGGCCUGAUGAUCUAGAAAUGAAUCCGAUUGAGUUGCAGUUCUCCG